GGAUGGGAGGAUAUAACUCGGAGGCGAACGCGAUUUACUACCAGGCACUCUUGAACAGCGCGCAGCUCGCGACAUGGCUCAACGACACUGACCUCGCGGACGCCUACUCCGCGAAUGCAACGAAGCUGAAGGCGGGGUUCAACGACGCGUUCUGGGACGACGACGUCGGAAUGUACCGUGACAACAAGACGUCCACACUAUACCCGCAGGACGGCAACGCGGUUGCGGUGCUGUUCAACCUCACGACCUCCGCAGACCAGGCAUCCAGGAUCAGUGAAGGUCUUACGCAGUAUUGGAACGAGUAUGGCGCGGUUUCGCCUGAGCUUCCGGAUAACGUAGCGCCGUUCAUUGGUGGCUUCGAGGUCUCCGCCCACUUCGCGUCUGGCAACGACGAGCGCGCGCUUGAUCUUAUCCGACUGGAAUGGGGAUACAUGCUCAGCACCAACAUCAGCGUGCACUCCACGUUCCUCGAAGGGUACACGUCCAACGGAUCCCUGUACUACCGGUCCUACGAUGGCUACGCAUACGACCCGACCUUCAUCAGCCACUCGCACGGCUGGAGCACCGGCCCCACCUCCGCACUCACGUUCUACGUCCUCGGCCUGACCGUCACCUCGCCCUUGGGUCAGACGUGGUCCGUCGCGCCGCAUACAUCGGGACUGCCGUCGGCCCAGGGUGGGUAUAGCACUACGCUUGGCUGGUUCGGCGUUGACUGGACCUCCGCCGCGAGUGGAUUCAAUAUUACCAUCUCGACGCCAGAAGGGACCAGCGGCACCGUGAAGCUGCCGAUCACUGGGACGGUCUAUGUGGAUGGUGUCGAGGUUGGCGAAGAUAGCUCGGAAGCCUUCGAGCUGCCUGGCGGAAAUCACACUGUCGUGGUGGAGAGAUGAAGCCUGAAGAAUGGACAUAGUAUGUGACUCGCUGUCGCUAUUGAACGCCGUGGUACGCAGGGCAUGCACAAAAAUGCUGCAGUGCAUCGUGAUACGUUCUGCAUACUUCGCAAGAUGCGCAGCCUCCAUGGAUUUCUUGCGGGUAGCGGUCUCUUGACCGCGUCUUUGCCCGUGACCAUCAGCCAU